GACACCCCAAAAUCCCAGCACAUUCCCGGGAAUGCUGGCACUGCCAGGCAGGGCAGGAUGUCGCCGCAGCCCGGGCCGGGCUGGCUCCUGCCGAGGCCACCGUGCCACCCGGGGGAGGUGACAGAUGGCCCCACGCGGCGGCCCCGCGCCAGCCCCUUUGUUCCGCUCCUCCGUGCCCGUGCCCGGCGCGGGGGGGACCGGGAGGGGACCGGGAGGGGACCGGGGGGUGGCGACAGCGGCGCCGGCAGAGCCGCCCCUCCGGGGACCCCUCGCCUUUGUCCUUGUCCUUAAUGUAUUCCCCUUGGUGAGUGGCUCCGAACAAAGCGGCGAGCCUGGGAAAUGCCGCCAGCCCCUGACCCCCGCGCCCCGCAGCCCUGCCCGGAUUGUCGCAGCCCUGCCCGGAUUGUCGCAGCCCUGCCCGGAUUGUCGCUCGGCACCUGCCACAUGGCAGGGCCCCCCCGUGUGCCGGAAUGCGCCGUGCCAUAUGGUGCUGGGGACAUCGGGGGAGGGGGAAAUGUCCCCGUUCUGUCCCCCUUUUCCCAUCCUUGGGGCAGGAUUUAGGGGUCCUGGUGACCCGGGUAAACCUCACCCCUUUCCAAACCUCUGGACAGGAUUUAGGAGUUCUGGUGACCCAGGUAAACCCCCCUUUCCCAUCCUCGGGACAGGAUUCAGGGGUUCUGGUGACCCAGGUAAACCCCCCUUUCCCAUCCUCGGGACAGAAUUCAGGGGCUCAGGUGGCUCCACCCAGCUCACUUGGUGUUUUUCCCGCAGUUAUGAAGAUUUCUACCUCUCGUGCUCCCUCAGCCACGGCGGGAAGGAGCUGUGCAGCCCCCUGCUCACCAGGAAGGCCCACGUCUACAAAUACCUCUUCCACCUCAUCAUUUGGGAUCAGCAGAUCUGCUUCCCAGUGCAGGUGAACCGGCUGCCCCGGGAGACCCUGCUCAGUGUCACCCUCUUCGCCGUGCCCGUGCCACCCCCGGGCGGCUCCUCCGACGCCAACAAGCAGCGGCGGGUCCCCGAGGCCCUGGGCUGGGUCACCACCCCCCUCUUCAACUUCAGGCAGGUCCUGACCUGCGGGCGGAAGCUCCUGGGCUUGUGGCCGGCGACUCAGGACAACUCCAGGGCCAGGUCGAGCGCCCCGAACUUCAACCAGCCCGACAGUGUCAUCCUGCAGAUCGACUUCCCCACCUCAGCCUUCGAGGUGAAGUUCACCAACCCGCCCGCGGCCGAGUUCAGCCCCAGGUACGAGUUCGGCAGCCUGGGGGAGGAGGACCAGCGCCAGCUGCGGGAGGCCAUGCAGAAAAAAUCACUUUAUUGGUAAAUAAACCGGUAUUUAUGGCACUGCCCUGCUGGGGGGACACGGGUGACACCCCCACAGCGCUGCCCUGGCACAUCCGAGGGGUGGAUCCUUCCUCUGGGGCUGGAGCUGGAGUUUUCCGGAGCUGGGUGGCUCUCCUGUGCUCGGCCCUCCCUGCUGUCCCUCUCCUUGGGGACAGC